GGCAAUACAACACUGCUGUGCACUUAGAUUUGUACACUUGCAGUGACUUGAUACAAAUCAGUUUGAGAUAGAAGCCGUAAGUAUUGCCUCUUACCUUAUAAAGUUAUUUCAGCACUUCAGUAACAUUUUUUCUCGUAACUCUGAAAAUUGAGGUGCCCUGCUUUAAUAACUUUUUUUCCUCUCCCUUCUCAUCAGCUCUUCCUGGUGGUAUUUCUAAGCUCAUAUGCAGGAUGUUGAAGAGACUGUCUCACACAAAAGUCUUCAAAGGCUGCAGGGACUUCUUUGGCAGUGAGAACUAAAGCAUGACUGCCAUCCAGGAAGUGACUGGUUUUUUCCUUCCAUUUCCCUGAAAAACUUGUGAAAUUCCUGAGAAGCACAACUUUUUUCUGAAGUUCUGAAGAUUUUUUCUGAGUUCUGAAGCUCAUAUGAACAAAAAGGAGGACAUUUUUUUUUUUAGCUCUGCAAAGCUACCUGGUAUUUGAAAUGCUGACGAGGAAAUUACGGUUUUGCCACAACUUGCGCUUCAGGCUUUUCUUGGGUCUAACUCUCAUUUUAGUAAUAAUUUCAGUUUUGAAAGUCAACCAGAAAGAAGACUUCCUAAAUCGGAGACAUCUGGAGCUAACAAAAGAAGAUCCUAUUAGCAAUGUUAACUGCACCAAGAUUAUUGAGGGGGAUAUAGAAGAAAUACAAAGGGUGAAGCUUGAGACAUUAUCAGUGUCAUUUAAGAAACGCCCCAGACUAACAACAGAUGAUUAUAUUAACAUGACUGCAGACUGUGCCUCCUUCACCAAGACUAGGAAAUACAUUAUGGAGCCUCUCAGUAAUGAAGAAGCAGCAUUUCCAAUUGCUUACUCAAUAGUGAUUUAUCACAAAAUUGAGAUGCUUGAUAGACUUCUGAGAUCAAUCUAUGCUCCACAGAAUUUUUACUGCAUUCAUGUAGAUAAAAAGUCUCCAGAAUCCUUUUUUGCUGCUGUUAAGGGAAUAGUGUCAUGUUUUGAUAAUGUCUUUAUUUCCAGCCAGUUAGAGAGUGUGGUAUAUGCUUCAUGGAGCAGAGUGCAGGCAGACAUUAACUGCAUGAAAGAUCUCUACAGAAGAAGUUCAAACUGGAAAUACCUAAUAAACCUAUGCGGUAUGGACUUUCCUAUAAAGACCAACCACGAAAUAGUGGAGAAAUUAAAAGCCCUUAAGGGAGAAAACAGCUUGGAAACAGAAAAAAUGCCUGUUUAUAAAGAAGUAAGGUGGAAAAAACACCAUGAGAUUAUUGAUGGUAAAAUAAAGAACACAGGCAUAGACAAAAAACUACCACCUCUCAGCACUCCAGUUUUUUCUGGCAGUGCCUAUUUUGUAGUUAGCAGAAGCUUUGUAGAAUAUGUACUAGAAAACAGCGAAAUACUUAAGUUCAUUGAGUGGGCAAAAGAUACAUACAGCCCAGAUGAGUACCUGUGGGCAACAAUUCAGAGAAUCCCUGAAGUCCCAGGUGCAUUUUCUUCCAGUAACAAGUUUGACGUGUCUGACAUGAAUGCACUGGCCAGGUUUGUCAAGUGGCAGUACUUUGAAGGUGACGUGUCCAAAGGCGCACCCUACCCACCGUGCAGUGGAGUUCAUGUUCGUUCUGUCUGUGUUUUUGGAGUAGGAGACUUGAACUGGAUGUUACGAAACCACCACUUAUUUGCUAACAAGUUUGACACUGAUAUCGACCCUUUUGCAGUGAAAUGCUUGGAAGAGUAUUUGCGGCACAAAGCUCUGUAUCUGCAAAAGAACUGAAAUGUACUUUCCUGUUAUGAAACAUAGCUACAAGUAUUCUACUGCGAUGUACUUUAACGUGUACAAUGGUGGGAUGCUGACAGUGGGUAUAAUGACUCUCACCAUGUUGGUUUGGUGGUGCUCAUGCCCUGCCUUGUCCAUGGAGUAGGGGAAGCAAAGACAUGUCUUGAGUAUGCCUUGUUGUAUUCUGAGGCUUGGAGCUUCAGGUACAAAAUCAGACAGCAGUUUUUGGAAAGCCAAAUAUUUGGAAUAUUUAUUAUCUAGAAGGUAUAAUUAAUGGGCGUCCUUUGGCUAAACUGUUUUAAGGUUUUAAGGCAUAGAAAAUGCAUGUUGUUGAUGUUCAUGGUUCAUGUAAGGUUUUUUUCCAUGAUUGUAAUGCUAGCUGUCAGAGAAAGAUUAAGGGGGUGGGAUAAAAAGCAGCUGGACUGCACUUCAUACUGAGUACUGAAAGAUCUCAGGAAUAUAACAUUAGAAAUUAUCUAUAAGGUAUACAAAAGGGGAUAUGCAAAGCCAGCUGUUACCAUUUUACUAAGAUCUCUUUGCUGCAGUUCUGUUUUUUGUAAAAAUCUUAAUCCUCUUGAAAUUUUGUCUUCAGCAUGGAGUAUUAAGGAAUUCAGAUAUUUCUUUUGUAUUCUUAGAGCACCUGAUAUUGUGAUACAAAGUUUAUACACUAGUUUAAAAUUACAUCUUCUCAGGGAAACUUCAGUUUUGUGCCUGAUGAGAUUUAGAUUUGUAAUUUUACAUUUCUUACUGUAUGGGGAAUUUUGGUUUUGUAUCCAAAAUCACCUAAGUUUCUUAAAACUCAAAGAACUGCUGUAGUGUCUAGUUAUUACUGAUGGAACUGCUGGUUUCUGUUUUCUGUCAAGCUCAACUUGCA